UGGGUGACGGGCGGGCGGGGUAGAGGAGCCAGCAGGCUGUGCAGCAGAAGGCCGUGCACCAGCAGGCCACGCACAACAGGAUGGGGAGCAGCGCGAGCAGCAGCACCAUCAUCAGUACCAGCAGCAGCAGCAGCAGCAGCAGCAGCCGCCACAGCAGCAGUCGCAGCAGCAGCAACAACCACAGCUACAGCAAGAUGACAAGAAACAGACGUACAACCUCUGCUGGAACGAGUUCUCACCAAUCUAUUAUCUUUUUUCAAGGAGCUCCGGGAGCAGGAGGAGUUCGUGGACGUGACCUUAGCCUGUGAGGGUCAGCAGGUGUCUGCUCACAAGGUUGUGCUUUCAGCCUGCAGUCCCUACUUCAGGUCACUGCUCAAGAAUAAUCCGUGCGAUCAUCCAAUCAUCAUUCUGAACGAGGUUGGUUACGGGGAGUUGGUAACCUUGCUACAGUACAUGUACCAUGGCGAGGUGCAGAUCGUUCACGACCAAAUCAAGGACUUCCUGCGGACAGCCAAACUGCUACAGAUUCGUGGGCUGGCCGAGGCCGCCGCAGCCGAGUCUCGCUCGCGCUCCACGCCUGACUGUAGGCGCGACAACGGCCCAGUCCGCGAGGUGCCCACUCCCACACCUAAGGUGGAGUUAAUAGAGCCUGAAGAGGAGAGUCGGCCCCCAGACAGCCCACAGGUUAAAAGGAUCAAGCUAAGUAGCAGUGUUGGUCCAGUGCCCCCUUCCUCCCCCUCACCACGCCUGUCCAGGGGCCCCAGCCCCCCCGCCCCCACGCCGCCCAUACCUAGCCUGCCUCUCAGUAUGGCUAACAUGGCCAGCAUGGCAGGUCUACCUACCUUGCCGCCCAUGGGUCUACCAGGCGCUUCCCUCCCACUAUCCAUGCCUUCCUCCAUCACUGCCCUCCCGCCCGUAACAACCGCCCACCCAUCCUCCAUCCACCACGGUCGCUCUGCCCUCCACACGCCGACGCCCACAUGCCAGCAGCCCUCCUUCCAUGGGCUGUACCCCGGGAUGCCCUCUGAGGACACGCAGGACACAAUGGGUAGCGACCGCUCUGAGGACCGCGACAAGAUGCGCCACGACGAUGACGACUACGACCACGAAAGCACACUGGAGAAGAUGUCCGGACUCGCCAACAUGGCUGCACUUAAAGGUUUCGGAGGUUUUCCUGGCCCCUCGGGUCUCGCCAGCUUGACUUCGGCCGCCCUUGGCUCCAACUCCGACAGUAAUCCCGGGUGCACGGGGUCACGUGACCUCGAUCUGUCUGUGCUGAUGUCCCAGCUGGGGGGCGGCGACCCCCCUGCCCCACACCAGCAGGGGAUCCAACUUUCCCCGGGGGCCACCUCCUCCUGCACAGCGGGGCCCAGCACAAUGCAACUGUGGCAACAAUCGCAGCACAAUCAACAGCAGCAGCAGGACCAACAACAACAGCAGUCACGGCCGUGGUGCGAGGCGUGUGGCCGCAGCUACAGCACAGUUGGCAACCUGAAGCAGCACGUGGCUAAUGUACACGGGCGGGGGGAGUGGGUGGUGUGUGGGGUGUGUGGCAAGACCUUCAAGACCCGCCAGUACCUCCAGUCUCACCUCCUACAGCAGCACGGCAUCAGGCAGCGCCCCACACCCCUCCUCCCUCCGUCAUGCCCCCAGUCUGCUGACCCCGCCCUCAACAUGCUCCACCACGAGUCACCGUCCAGCUCAGCCCAAACACCCCCCUUUAGCCCCGCCCACCGCUCAUUCCACAACCACUCUUCCAUUAACCAAUCACUGCCCCAGACAUCAGUACCCACCACCUUCACUAACCCCGGUCAAUCAUCAUCAGAAUUCGCCACCGCUUCGCUUAACGGCCACGUCCACCAUCCUCAUUUCGGGCAGUCCUCCUCUUCUUACCCCCAAGCACCGCCCCUUAAUCCUAACCCAGCCAUUGGCCCCACCUUGCCCCAACCUGACAGCAGCGGGCAGGCAGCCAGCCCGCCGCCUCAGCCAAUAAAACAGGAAGGCUUCACUGGCUUCCAAACUACCCAAAUCAAACAGGAAAUAUCCUCAGAAAAUUACUAUACAAUAUAACCCUUAGGAUUAAUAUAGAUAUCUAAUGAAUGUGUAAAUAAUAUUAGCUAGGCAUAUAUAUAUUGUAACUGUAUAUAAGUCUCAAACAAUGUGGCGAGUAAUAUGUGUUGUGUAUAUAUAAUCAGAAAUGCUUUGGUAUAGUUAGGUUUAAUGACCAGGGUGUGUGUGUGUGUGU